AUGACCUUAGAGGACUGGAAGGCCCGACUAAAGGCGACGUUUCUCAUCUAUCGGGUGCCCGACGACCUGCAGGUGCCCCUCGCCCUGAAUUCUCUGGAAGGCGAGGCUCGUCGGACGAUUCUUUUACGACCCGACGAUGAACGCGAGGAACUGGAGGAGAUCUAUAGUAUCCUGGGGGAUAUCUAUGGGGACACCUCCUCGGCGGGGACCCUCCGGCAGCGUCUGUUUGGCCGGUUCCAGAGGGAGGACGAGUCCAUUCCCCAGUAUGCCAACGCCCUCCAGGAGAUGAUGGGAGAAGUACGUCGGAAAGACCCCGAUGGGUUUGGGGCACUCACCAACACCAGUCAGAUAUUGCGAGAUCAGUUCGCCAUGGGACUCAGGAACGUGCCCCUGAGGCAGGUGAUGCUGGAUAAGAUAUCCCAGGAUGACACCCUGACCUUCCAUCAGGUGGAAAUCGACGCCGUAGCCAGGGACCGCAAUGCCAAUUACGGGCCACACGCUGUCUUUCCCCAGUGGGUGCAGCCGAUCUCCGCGCCCGUGGCUAGCAGGGAGACCAACCCAUUAGAGACCUGUCCGGAGGCUUCCGAGGCAUGGGCAUUGUCUGUUCAAGUGGAGGAGCAGGAGGGGGCCUGCCCUGAGUGGAACGGUACAAUUAUCCGUACGCAGAUGGACGUGUCGCUAGAUGAGUGCGCGGCCGGGGACCGGGAGCGGUAUCGGCCGAUACCGCCCCGGUUGUACCAAGAAGUAAAGAGCAUGUUGCGUCAGAUGCUGGACAACCACGUGAUCCAGGAGAGCAAGAGUCCAUGGGCUGCACCCAUUGUCCUAGUCCGGAAGAAGGACGGGACUAUCCGGUUCUGUGUGGAUUACCGGAAGUUGAAUAGUUGCACCGUCCGGGACGCUUACCCUCUCCCUAGGAUUGAGGAGUCCCUAGCUGCACUGGGCAAUGCAAAAUUCUUUUCGACCCUGGACCUGGCCAGUGGGUACUGGCAAGUGCCGGUAGCUCCCCAGGAUAGGGAGAAGACCGCAUUCGUUACUCCCAUGGGGUUGUUCGAAUUUUGCCGCAUGCCGUUCGGGUUGAACAAUGCGCCCGCCACAUUCCAGCGGAUGAUGGAGAGGUGCUUGGGAGACUUGAAUUUUGAGGCCUUGCUGAUUUACCUGGACGACAUCAUCGUGUUCGCCGCGACCUUGGAGGAACACUUUGCUCGACUCGACAGGGUUCUGCAACGGUUGGAGGAGUACGGCCUGAAGCUCAAGCCCCGGAAGUGCCACCUGUUGAACUCCAGUUUGGAGUACCUCGGGCACGUGGUGUCACGCGAUGGGGUGUACCCAACCCCCAGCAAGGUGGCGGCCGUCCAGGAAUGGAAGGUGCCCACCACUGUCACGGAAUUGCGGGCAUUCCUGGGUUUGGUGGGGUACUACCGACGCUUCAUCAAGGAUUUCGCCCGGAUUGCGGAACCCCUACAUGCCUUGCUUCGAGGGAUUGCGACCACGAAGAGAGCUGCCCUGGAGACUUGGGGAGAAGCGCAGAACCUGGCCUUUGACCGACUGAAGGCAAGUCUCACUGAGGCUCCAGUGUUGGGGUACGCAGAUUUUGAGAAGCCCUUCGUUCUAUACACGGAUGGAAGUCUGCAGGGGUUGGGCGCGGUCUUGGCUCAGGUUCAGGAUGGGCAGGAGCGGGUGAUUGCUUACGGCAGUCGUAGCCUGCGAGAGACCGAAAGGAACCCAGACAACUACAGUUCCUUCAAGUUGGAAUUGCUGGCGGUGGUGUGGGCUGUGACCGAGAAGUUUGCGGAGUACUUGACCGCCGCUCACGUGGAUAUUUUUACAGACAACAACCCCCUGGCGUACCUGGAGACCGCCAAGUUAGGCGCCUUGGAGCAACGGUGGGUGGCCAGGUUGGCCAAGUUCUCCUACAAGAUUCGCUAUCGAUCGGGGAAGAGCAAUACCAACGCGGAUGCCCUGUCUCGCUUUCCAGUGGAAACCCCCGAACCUGGUGGAGAAGAAGAUGACUGCGGAGAAGAAAUGCCGGAUCUCACUCGUGUGCGGCAGCCCGUGGGCGGAGAGUUGUGUCGACAGGACGCCCAGACUGCCUUACUUAGGUACACGGAGACGGACUGGGCACAGGAACAGCAGGCCGACGAAGGUUUGGACCUCAUUCGACAGUGGGUACAGAGGGGUCAUAUGCCAUCUCGCCGGGAGCAGGAUGGGCUGACCGGGUUCUGUAGGAAGGUGGUGCGUCGUUGGGACCAAUUGCGGGUCUGCGCUGGUACCCUACGGAGACAAUGCUACUUGGAACAGGAAAUGCGUACUGUUGAGCAGGUGGUCGUGCCAGAAGCCCGGGUGCGGUCAGUGGUGGAAGAGGCGCACGAGCAGGGGGCCCAUUUGGGACCCUAUAAAACAUACCAUUGGUUGAGACGCCAAUAUUUCGCCCCCCGGCUGCAAGCGGUCGUGGACCAGGUAUGUCGUGAGUGCAGGAGGUGUGCGGUAGUUAAGCCGCAGGAACAGCAUGUGCCCAUCCAGACGAUCCGGACCAGUCGGCCGCUGGAAAUGCUGAUGAUCGACUACGUGUUGAUCGGGGAGUCAGUAAGUGGACACCAGUAUGCCCUGGUAAUGACUGACCACUUCACUAAAUUCACGGUAGUGGUCCCCACCCGGAACCAGACUGCGGAGUCAGCAACACGAGCGAUCGUCGAACAUUUCAUUCGGCAGUACGGUUGCCCCGAGCGGAUCCAUUCGGAUCAAGGGGCCUGUUUCCAGGGGCAGCUGAUGGAACGCCUCUGCCAGCUUUAUGGCGUUCAAAAGUCCCGCACAACACCUUACCACCCGCAGGGGAAUGGCGCCUGCGAGAGAUUUAACCGGACUCUGCUGCAGAUGCUCCGCGUGUUGGAACGAGCUGAGAAGCAGCGAUGGCCCGAACAUGUUCAGGAACUGGUCUGGACUUAUAACAACAGAGUCCAUCACACCACGGGAUUUUCCCCUUUUUUUUUGCUGUUCGGUCGACCAGGACGGGAGGCACACGACUUACAACUGUCCGGGACUGAGGAGGGAACGCCCCUCGCCCCUGCCGAAUGGGUCGAGGACCACCGCCUGCGGCUGAAGGCGGCGCACGAGUUGGCUGGGAGGCUGAUCGCAGACCACCAGCAUCCACCUGUGAGGUCCCACGAGCCUGGGUCGCUGGCCGUGGGCCAGCGAGUGUUGGUGCGAGAGGUUCGCCCGGGGGGGAAACUGUCAGAACGGUGGGAAGUUACCCCGUACCUUGUGCGCCGUCGCUUGGCCCCAGGUGGGCCUGUGUAUCAAGUGGAGUCUACUGAUGGGACGGGACGCCUGCGCACGUUACAUCGGAGUAAGCUGCGACCUUGUCCGUUCCUGGAUCCGGUGAGCGGGGCUGAGUCCCCUGUAGCGGAGGACGGGGUGGGGGCCCCUGCCUGGGAAGCUCCGGCCCCUCUGUCAGAUGAGGAAUGGUGGUCGCCGGUCGAGGAGAAUCGGCCAGAGGAGGCAUCGGAGCCUCAACCCCCAGCCGAUGUGGUUGCCUCCCCCCUACCAAGACGCUCUCUGCGUUCAAAUAGGGGCGUCCCGGGCCCUCGCUACGCGGACCCGAACUUUGUGUGGUCGGAUUCUUGCUUUCCGGAGGCUUCCGAGGCAUGGGCAUUGUCUGUUCAAGUGGAGGAGCAGGAGGGGGCCUGCCCUGAGUGGAACGGUACAAUUAUCCGUACGCAGAUGGACGUGUCGCUAGAUGAGUGCGCGGCCGGGGACGUAGCCAAGCUGGACCAGAUGCUCUGGAAUCGUCAGAAGGUGUUCUCCCGGCAUGAAGAGGAUUUCGGAUAUACGGAGGACCUACAGCAUGAGAUCCGCACCGGAGACGCCCCCCCGGUUCGGGAGCGGGUUCUGCAACGGUUGGAGGAGUACGGCCUGAAGCUCAAGCCCCGGAAGUGCCACCUGUUGAAAUCCAGUUUGGAGUACCUCGGGCACGUGGUGUCACGCGAUGGGGUGUACCCAACACCCAGCAAGGUGGCGGCCGUCCAGGAAUGGAAGGUGCCCACCACUGUCACGGAAUUGCGGGCAUUCCUGGGUUUGGUGGGGUACUACCGACGCUUCAUCAAGGAUUUUGCCCGGAUUGCGGAACCCCUACAUGCCUUGCUUCGAGGGAUUGCGACCACGAAGAGAGCUGCCCUGGAGACUUGGGGAGAAGCGCAGAACCUGGCCUUUGACCGACUGAAGGCAAGUCUCACUGAGGCUCCGGUGUUGGGGUACGCAGAUUUUGAGAAGCCCUUCGUUCUAUACACGGAUGGAAGUCUGCAGGGGUUGGGCGCGGUCUUGGCUCAGGUUCAGGAUGGGCAGGAGCGGGUGAUUGCUUACGGCAGUCGUAGCCUGCGAGAGACUGAAAGGAACCCAGACAACUACAGUUCCUUCAAGUUGGAAUUGCUGGUGGUGGUGUGGGCUGUGACCGAGAAGUUUGCGGAGUACUUGACCGCCGCUCACGUGGAUAUUUUUACAGACAACAACCCCCUGGCGUACCUGGAGAACGCCAAGUUAGGCGCCUUGGAGCAACGGUGGGUGGCCAGGUUGGCCAAGUUCUCCUACAAGAUUCGCUAUCGAUCGGGGAAGAGCAAUACCAACGCGGAUGCCCUGUCUCGCUUUCCAGUGGAAACCCCCGAACCUGGUGGAGAAGAAGAUGACUGCGGAGAAGAAAUGCCGGAUCUCACUCGUGUGCGGCAGCCCGUGGGCGGAGAGUUGUGUCGACAGGACGCCCAGACUGCCUUACUUAGGUACACGGAGACGGACUGGGCACAGGAACAGCAGGCCGACGAAGGUUUGGACCUCAUUCGACAGUGGGUACAGAGGGGUCAUAUGCCAUCUCGCCGGCAGCAGGAUGGGCUGACCGGGUUCUGUAGGAAGGUGGUGCGUCGUUGGGACCAAUUGCGGGUCUGCGCUGGUACCCUACGGAGACAAUGCUACUUGGAACAGGAAAUGCGUACUGUUGAGCAGGUGGUCGUGCCAGAAGCCCGGGUGCGGUCAGUGGUGGAAGAGGCGCACGAGCAGGGGGCCCAUUUGGGACCCUAUAAAACAUACCAUUGGUUGAGACGCCAAUAUUUCGCCCCCCGGCUGCAAGCGGUCGUGGACCAGGUAUGUCGUGAGUGCAGGAGGUGUGCGGUAGUUAAGCCGCAGGAACAGCAUGUGCCCAUCCAGACGAUCCGGACCAGUCGGCCGCUGGAAAUGCUGAUGAUCGACUACGUGUUGAUCGGGGAGUCAGUAAGUGGACACCAGUAUGCCCUGGUAAUGACUGACCACUUCACUAAAUUCACGGUAGUGGUCCCCACCCGGAACCAGACUGCGGAGUCAGCAACACGAGCGAUCGUCGAACAUUUCAUUCGGCAGUACGGUUGCCCCGAGCGGAUCCAUUCGGAUCAAGGGGCCUGUUUCCAGGGGCAGCUGAUGGAACGCCUCUGCCAGCUUUAUGGCGUUCAAAAGUCCCGCACAACACCUUACCACCCGCAGGGGAAUGGCGCCUGCGAGAGAUUUAACCGGACUCUGCUGCAGAUGCUCCGCGUGUUGGAACGAGCUGAGAAGCAGCGAUGGCCCGAACAUGUUCAGGAACUGGUCUGGACUUAUAACAACAGAGUCCAUCACACCACGGGAUUUUCCCCUUUUCUUUUGCUGUUCGGUCGACCAGGACGGGAGGCACAUGACUUACAACUGUCCGGGACUGAGGAGGGAACGCCCCUCGCCCCUGCCGAAUGGGUCGAGGACCACCGCCUGCGGCUGAAGGCGGCGCGCGAGUUGGCUGGGAGGCUGAUCGCAGACCACCAGCAUCCACCUGUGAGGUCCCACGAGCCUGGGUCGCUGGCCGUGGGCCAGCGAGUGUUGGUGCGAGAGGUUCGCCCGGGGGGGAAACUGUCAGAAUGGUGGGAAGUUACCCCGUACCUUGUGCGCCGUCGCUUGGCCCCAGGUGGGCCUGUGUAUCAAGUGGAGUCUACUGAUGGGACGGGACGCCUGCGCACGUUACAUCGGAGUAAGCUGCGACCUUGUCCGUUCCUGGAUCCGGUGAGCGGGGCUGAGUCCCCUGUAGCGGAGGACGGGGUGGGGGCCCCUGCCUGGGAAGCUCCGGCCCCUCUGUCAGACGAGGAAUGGUGGUCGCCGGUCGAGGAGAAUCGGCCGGAGGAGGCAUCGGAGCCUCAACCCCCAGCCGAUGUGGUUGCCUCCCCCCUACCAAGACGCUCUCUGCGUUCAAAUAGGGGCGUCCCGGGCCCUCGCUACGCGGACCCGAACUUUGUGUGGUCGGAUUCUUGCUUUCAAGACUAUCUGUGCGAAGACCCGCAGUCCGGCAAGGGUGUGGACUCCUGCCUAAAGAUGGCAAAACCCACGGCCAAAUUGUCGCACCAGCAGACCACCCGCUUAUUACGCAGGGCAUAG